AUGGAUUUCACGAAGCUGAAAGCGGCGGCUUUGAAGGAUGGAGACGACGAAGAGGCAGUCACGGUCAAUACCAGAGCACUAAUAGACAAAGUUCUAGCCAGAUAUUCGGGCGAAUGGACAACUCUUCGAGAGCUAUUACAGAACGCCGCCGAUGCUCAAGCAACAAAGGUAGCGAUCAAGUUCGAAACUCUACCCUCGACCUCCAUACCUCUACUGAACACGACGAAUCAGUCCGAAGUCCUCAAACAUGCAUUAUUACACCACACUCUACGGCGGCUGGUGGUCACGAACGAUGGUCAGGCAUUUGGUGUCAACGACUGGUCGAGGCUGAAGAGGAUCGCAGAAGGUAACCCGGACGAGACAAAAAUCGGAGCGUUCGGAGUUGGCUUCUACAGUGUGUUUGCAGACUGCGAGGAACCCUUUGUCAGUUCUGGAAACGAAGCAAUGGCAUUCUACUGGAAAGGAAACUCUCUAUUUACCAAAAAGCUGCAGUUGCCCGCAGAACAAGGAAACCCAAAUACGAGUUUUGUCCUCGAAUACCGAAAUACCACGACACCGAUGCCAAAUCUACUCUCGAUAGCCCAGUUUCUGGCGACGAGUCUGACUUUCGUAGCGCUUCAGCAUAUUGAAUUAUGGGUAGAUGAUUGGAAGAUUAUAUCGUUACAGAAGAAAUCGGCACCUAGUGUUACGGUUCCUCUAGCUAGAGAUGUGGAAACCAAAACCAAGGAGGGUUUGAUGAAGGUUACAAGUCUUGAGCGAGAGAGUGUGCAAAUGGAUGCAACUUUUAUGAACGUGGUCGGUUGGAAACCAACGGUCUCCAGUUCCGUUCCCAAGCCGGGGAGUUAUGACAACGGUUAUGGCUCCAGCGCAGAUGCACCUUCAUUACGAUCGUUUUUCUCCAGACUAACAACAUCCAGCUCUCAUACCGCACUAAAGACCAAAGCGAUGCGGGAGGAAAAAGCACUCCAAGAUCUUGUUUUGGAAGACUUGACUGCCUUGACUACCACUUAUGUCUUCUUGCGUGUGACAACCGCUGCAGUCAGAACCUCUGUCAGUUCUUCAUUCGCAGCAGAGUUGGAGCGGGCCACAAAAAAACAGCCACCCAAAACAACGAAGCUGGCAAUCCUGACAUCUUCUUUUGACGAGGAAGCCGCGUCAUCGAAAGAUAAUCUCGUCGCCAAUAGUGUCGACAUCUUUUCUUCAGUCCUUCCAGGCAAGAAACCGGGUGGUCGCAUAUUCAUUGGAUUUCCAACCCACCAGACAACCGGAGCGGGUAUGCAUCUCUCUGCACCGUCGGUGAUCCCCACGGUCGAGCGAGAAUCAAUAGAUUUGAAUGCUAGAUGGGUCGUAACAUGGAACAGGGAGAUGCUACGUGUGGCAGGAAUUAUGGGUAGACUCGCAUUUUCUAACGAAAUGUCAGACUUGUCCGUGAAGAUCAAACGAGCUACGGAGGCUAAUGGACACGGUAACAAAGUCACAAAAGAUGAAAUUGCUAAAUUUCUGCCCGAAGCCCUUCAUAUCCUGCGAACUUUCACUUUUCGAGAAUCGACGCCUGCUUCUCAGGUUUCCCAGCUCAUUGAAGAAGCCUUCUGGACUGCCUAUAAGAAGCCUUCUAUCGAGAUAUAUAGCACACGGGGUGUCCUCCCUACAACCACUGUUAGGUUGGCUACUGAAGAUCUGAGCGGGUUCGUUGAAGGUAUUCCAGUUGUUCCCGAGGAAAUUGCCAAAGGAGAUUUUGUUACCAAGCUCCGAGACUUCGGCCUCAUUACUGAAAUCACAAUCGGCGAUGUAAAGCAGGAGUUAUCAGCAAAAGCGUUGUCUAGAGAGCAAUUGAAACAGUUUAUUUCAUGGGCAGGCAAGAAAGCAAGCGUAGGUGAUAUUGACGGCGCUACUAUUCAUUCGCUACUCGAUGUGGCUGUCGCGAUGACUGGAGACGCGGAUGGACAAGGCGAUGUGAUCGCUCUUGGAAGUAUCAAGAACUACCUGAAUGUCAGCAAGAUCCCAGCAGAAGUUCCCAUCCCGCCUACAACUAUUCCUUUCCAGUUCACCAUAGGUUGCGGAACCCAUGAACUCAAAGCGCUUGGUUGGGACGCUCUAGAGAUUGUGCCUUGGCUACGGUUUUUGAUUGAAACCGAUUCUCAUAGACCUGCAGCGCAAAGCUUGGCAUCUUCGGUACCGUUUGCUGCCCAUGUGCUCCAGAUACUUUCGAAAGCGUGGGAUGGACUGAGCCCGCACUCAAAAGAAACCGUCACACAACUCCUACAACCAAUCACCGUCGUGCCAACCAAAUUAGGCAUGAGGAAGCCAUCAGAAGCUUUCUUUGCAAACGUCAGACUCUUUGAUGAUCUUCCGACAGUGGCCUCCUGUCCUGGUGUAAAAGAAAAGUUCUUUGCAGCCCUUGGGGUCCGCAAGACGGUUGAUCUCACAACUAUCUUCAAUCGUCUAUUGGCUCCGAGCGCCGAAAAUAAUGAUGGAAAACCGACUACCGGUGCGAGGCAUAUGGAACUAAUUAAAUAUCUUGCCUCUGUCAAAGAUGAUAUCCCGGCAGACGAUAUGAAAAGAUUACGAGCCACCCCAAUUUGUCCUGCUGAAGCUGGGCCAGCGGGCCGUGAGUCAACUCAAGGAACUGCGAGGCUAUACAAGAUAUCUGAACUCUACGAACCUAAGGAGGCACUCAGGGACCUUGGGCUGCCAGUUCUCCAGUGGCCUGGACCGCCUGGAAGUUACCGACCCGGCAGCUUGGAAGGAAGAUUUUUGACUGCCCUAGGCAUUCAAUCAAAGCCUUUCGUACCUGAGCUUGUUGAUAUGAUGGCAUCUGAUGACCUUCCGCGCCGGAGCAAAGCUAUGACAUAUUUCAUCGCGAAUCAUCACAUCAAUGGUUAUGGUUCAUUCCAACUUGGGACUUCGACGAAACAAUUUCUUCCGCUUCAAGGAGACGAGAUAAGAUAUGUUAGCCCGGCGGAGUGCUUCACGAAUGAGCGAUGUUCUGUCUUGGGUUUCAGCAUUUUGAGAAAGGAUCUUCACAUCCACGCGAACAAAUUUGGUGUUGCUGUGGAUCCCCCUUUCACCGAGUGUGUUAACCGAUUGAUUGCCAAACCACCUCAAAACAAGCGCGAUGCAUCUACCUUGUUUGGAUACUUUGCCAGUCGUCUGGGCGAGAUAGGUCAGAAUAGUGUUGCGAAACUGGGCGAUGCUCGUAUUGUACCCAUCAAUACUCGUCACCAAACGUCGAAUGGGUUCAUUAACGAGAAAGCCUCGGAGCAGACAAGUGUGCAACAUGUCACACCGCAGCAAUGCUAUAUUGGUAGCUCUUCAAACUAUGAAGAGAUAUUCGAUUUUGUUGAUUUUGGUGGUGACGCAAACUCUUUCCUGAUUAGAUGUGGCUCGAAAAACGAGCCUACAAUAUUCGAAAUUGCAGCUUUGGCUUGUAGAGAGCCCGCAAGAUUGCUCGGUAUAAUGAAAAGCCCGGAAAAUUAUCUUGGCCUUCUGAGGAAGCUUGCCGAUGAUUUACCAACACUGAAGAAAGAUAAGCCUCUAUUCAAGCAAAUGAAAGCUUCCAAGUUCCUAUUAGGGGCGAUCGAAAUACCCAACAGCAAAGAUGACAAAAAGUCGAAGCGGUCGCAAGUAGACGGUUUUACGGACGAUAUCGCUGAUCCGGGCGAUGAGGACGCAGAGGAUGCACCUAUCAGGCAAUAUCAGUUGGCAGUGGCCUCUAGUAUUGUCGUCGUCGAUGAUUAUAUUAGCUAUCGACUUUUCAGAGCGAACUUGAUGUGUGCUCCCUUCGAUGAAAGACUCGAAGAAUUUUACCUUGCCUUGGGAUCCUCACCGCUAGGUAAUCUAGUGCAAGAGGACUUACGGUUAGGUUCAACUACCGAAAAGCAAGAUUCUGGGCUCAAACUUCGAAACCACGUUCUCGAACGUUCAAAGCUCUUUCUGCACGAACACGAUAAGCAUACUAUCAAGCAUGAUAGUCGAUGGCUCGAUAAGAAUUUAUCCGUGAGAACGGUCAGCUCUAUCUCGCUGCGAAGAUCACUUCGCGGCCACACUUUAUCACAUACCGAGAAACGAUCGGCAGCAUCCACGAAUGAGCGUGGGACAGGCUGGAUUCUGCUUGUCACUGCUGGAACUUAUGAUGUCUAUCAAAUCAGUCUUGCGAUCUGCAAACUGCUGAUUGAUCGCCCUACGCAGCAAGACUAUCUAACAUUCGAAACAUUCUUGAAGUUGAAUUUGUAUGAGCUGAGAAGUCGUGGAUACAACGUGGAGAGGAUUUUGAGGGCCAAAGCUGCCGAACAGAGAAUUGCGGAACAGGAUCGACGAAAGCAACUUGAAUCUGAGCAACAGCAGAUUAAGGAGCAGGAAGAGCAGUGGAAGCAGCAGAAUCAAAUCGUGCCUGUGACACCUCGCGGACGUGAGAACAUUCGUAAAUCGGAAGCUUCCAUGCCAGGUGCUUUUGGUUCUGAUUCUCCAGAAAACUCCCCCGAACUACCGCCGAAACAAAAGUCAAAAGGCCUCUUCGCAGGAUUAAGUCGACGUCUGGGUCUCGAUAAUAGUAGCAGUAGCAGUAGCAGCGGCGAAGCACAACAACAACUUCAAAACUUCUUAGGUGGAGGCUCAGCCAGUGAACCACAACACGACAGUCCUCCUGCUUACAAUGAGAUCGACAAGGGAACGGUAACGAAGCCGAAAGGUGGAGAAAAGGUUACUUCUCCAGCAGCAGUCCAGCAAAAUCUCAUGAACGCAAUUCAGUCGUCUCGAGCCCACGACUCUUCCGCCGUCUUUUCCCCACCCUCAACCACAAACGUCAAAGAACAAGCAUCAUACUGCGAUGCUAGUCCCGGCCAGAACAUUACCUUCCUCGCCUCUGCCUCAAACAGCAUGCGAAUCUUCGUUUCUAAAACUCUCACCAUUCCCUCCACUGAUUUCUUGACAACCAACAGUAGUUCUCUCAACACCUUUGCAAACCUUCUCUUUGACGUCGCAGACAUCUACAGCCUCUCCCGACAGGCCGUUCAUAUCUUCUACGACGAGGAAGGCGGCACUAUUGCAUUCAACAGAGACGGAAGUAUCUUUUGCAAUUUCAGAUUCUAUGCGCAGUUGCAUGCGAGGAAGACAGAGGGAGAGGGCAAGGUCGAGGCUGCGGCGUAUUGGUGGAUUGUUAUGGCGCAUGAGCUCGCGCAUAAUUUAGUUAAGGCACAUAGUGCUGAUCAUAGCUAUUAUACGGAAAUGUUGGUUGCGAACUAUUUCCCGAGAAUGAUGACCAGAUCGGUCACGUGGGUUAACGCGGCGGGAAGAGUUAUUGAAGAUGCGUCGGCGGAGCAGACUAGUCUUUUGGAUUAA